UUGCGAUAACCAUGAAGACGAAUAAAAAUUACAAAAGCCUCAUUUACCAUUAUAUUUUCAAGAGGACAUCGACUUUUAUUCUUGCUGUAGUCGUGACCUCCCUGUUCUUCGAGCGUACGUACGACCAUUUGUGCGAGGCUAUAUUUGAAAGAAUAAACCAAGGCCGACUUUGGAGACAUAUCAAACACAAAUAUGAGAAUAACGGCGACGAGGACGGUUUCUCGAUGCCCAGCGCAGACGAUGCAGCGGCAGAUUAA